UAUCAAUGACUUCUGUUUUAUGUACAUGGUUGUUAUGGAUAACCGGAAAUGUUCUUGUCAUAAUACAAUCUUGCCGUAUUUUGCCGAUUGUAUGUAAGUGUUGGUUAUUGUAUUUUCAUAAUCUUUUAUUAUCAAAAUGGAUCCAAUUCUAUUGCAAAAGCAAUUACGUGAUAACAGUGCCGAUUUGCAAGAUUAUUAUAAAGACAUUCAGUCCUGGGGAGAAGAAAUGAAGCGCAAAGAGGCGUUACUCAAUACUGCUGAGACGUCUGAUGUCCCUCUUCCCCGCAAUAAAAUACCCAAAAAAGAGAAAUCAGUAACACCUAAGAAGGUAGAGGUUGCCCAGACAGCUGCAGCAUCUUCCAAAGUCCCAAAAGAUUUUACAUAUUGGGAGAAAUUUGAUGUAGAUGCAGAAUGUGAAAGAAUUGAUAAAUCAAAGUCUGAUGAUGACUCAGAUCUCACUGAUGAAUAUGAUGAGGCAGCUAUUGAAACAGCCCAGGAGGAAAAGGAAAAAGGAAAUAAAUAUGUCAAAGCUGGACUUUAUACGGAAGCCUUAAAAUGCUACACUCAAGCUAUAGCAAGCUUUAAUUAUGAUGCUACAUUUUAUGCCAAUAGAGCUCUUUGUCACUUAAAAUUAGAGCAAUUUAAGAGUGCUGAGGCAGAUUGCACCAUUGCAAUUCAGCUAGAUGAUAAGUACAUAAAAGCCAUGCAUAGAAGAGCAGUUGCAAGGGAAGCAUUGAAACAGUAUAAGGAAGCAAAAGCUGAUUUAGAUAAGGUGCUCUGCCUUGAGCCAGAAAACAAAGAAUCCCAGAAACUACUUGAUAAAAUAGAAAAGAUUCUUAAACCUCCUGUAAAAACUACUGAUUCAGUUAAAGAAAAAUCAUAAUCCAACAAAUGUACAACGCCCCGUUUCGAAAUUCACCGCAUCCAGACAAAAUAAACCAGUUGCAUCUACGAGUGCAACUCUAUUAGAUGAAGAUAUUGGACCAGCAUUCAAAGAAUUAGUUGUUGAACGUAAACGGCCUGAAAGCACAAAACAAAA